AUGUCCGUCGAUCCAGUCGAGGCGGACCCUGCGCUUUUGAGCGACAACUCCGAAAUCAAAACAUUUACCACGAGCAAAUUUACUUAUUCCAACCUCCGAAUCUUUUACCGACGCCACCCGAAAGCCGACGAGCUUCCCAAAGUUCCCUCUCCUCUUCCACUCCUCGUUUUCGUCCACGGACUAGGCGGGUCGGUCGCACAAUUCCAUCCUCUUCUUACGAGCCUUCUACCUGUAGCGUCCUGCUUGGCGAUUGAUCUGCCAGGAUGCGGCCGAUCCGAAUUCUCGGAGACGUCAUGGGAUGCCUACACGACGGCGGCGCUUGCGGAGCUUCUCGAAACCAUAAUCGAGAGCUACAGGGAUAAAAAGGCAGGCCAGCAAGUGGUGUUGAUUGGGCAUAGCAUGGGGUCAGCACUCUGUGCCUACCUGUCAAGCAAGGACCUACCACACACAACGAAGCUAGCUGACAACAUUGUCGGUCUCGUCGCCAUCUGCCCAGUAUCUGGCCCUCCUCCCGAGGAGAAGGUUCGAAUCUUUCGGAUGCUCCUGUGGAUCCCGGGGUGGAUUUUCAACCUAUGGCGGAUGUGGGAUCGCCGAGGGGGCGCCGAUAGCAAAAGCGUGUUGCGGUUUGUAGGUGACAAUGCGGAUGCGGAAUCGCGACGGCUCCAGCAUUUGUUCAACUGCCAAAGUCGGACGCCGGUGUGGAGGCGGAUGGCGUCAGGCUCCCUCCCCGUGUAUAAGGCUGGCGUACCCGUCGGCGGGCUACCGACGCCGGAGAUUUGGAAGGGUCUCGAGGUGCCAAUCUUCCUCGUCGCCGGCAAGGCCGACAAGGUCACUCCUCCCACCGAGGCCGAGAAGCUAGCGAGUUUAUUUGAGGCUGGACCCGCGGUCAAGGCGAAGCUUGGCAGCUUGGCUGAUAGCACUUCCUCGUCCACGAGCUCUCCAGGUGGUGAUGGCAUCGAUGUCUCCGAGGACGCGGGCGUGAGCGAUGCAAAGGCCAACGCUCUCCCCGGGGUCCUCCAAACCCUCGUCAUGCCCGCGCCGGCCAACCAUGCGCUUCUCUAUAUGCCAAUGACAGUGCGUAUCCUCGCUGGGAACGUAUCUGAUUUCCUCUCUACCUAUGUCACUGGUCGGUUGGCACUCUCCUGGCAGCUACAAUAUCUUGCCAAAGAGGGAAAAUGGGAGCUGAAGAACCUGACCAAGUGGAAAAGCGUGCAGCCAGUGUCUAAGCCCAUCGGCCCAGUAGACAAACCCGUGUUUGUGGCGAUGAAGACUCUACGAGAAGUGGAUGAGCUCCAUUGCCCAGCCGAAUUUGUCAAGAACUGGGGGACAAGGCCUUCAAAAGGGAGGCAUCGCAUAUCACAAGUUAUCCACGGUAUCCAAGAUCCCCCGACGGAUGAAGAGAUUGCCAAGUUUAUCUCACUCGUGGACACGAUCCGGGACUCGCGGCCAGAUGGCGAGACUCGCGACUUGAUCGGGGUACACUGCCAUUACGGCUUCAACCGCACGGGAUAUUUUAUUGUAUGCUACCUCGUUGAGAGGUGCGGCUUCGCUGUCGAAGAUGCCAUGGCGGCCUUUGCGACGUCGCGGCCAAACGGUAUCCGGCACCAACACUUCCGGGACAAGCUUUGCAUGAAGUACGGGAUGCUCGUCAGGGGCGCUGAACAGGCAUCAUAA